AUGUCGACCAGAACGCAACCUGAAUGGCGUGUGCCAGUAAAUUCUAAUCCACCACCAACUCUGAAACUGUACAAUUCUCUUACGAGGAGUAAGGUUGAAUUUACACCUGUGAAGGGGAAACAAGUUACUUGGUAUAACUGCGGCCCUACCGUCUAUGAUGCUUCCCACGUUGGUCAUGCAAGAUUAUAUGUGACCGUAGAUAUCUUGCGCAGAGUGUUGACUGAUUACUUUAACUAUGACGUCUUGUUUGUAAUGAACAUAACAGACAUUGAUGAUAAGAUUAUCGUUCGAGCACGUCAUAAUCUCUUGUUUGAAGAAUUUAAAUCGUCGAUAACAUCUUUAACGAGAGAUCUUAUAACGCAAAUAAAAAAAGCACUACAAUUCUAUACUAAAAACGUGCUCAAAGUAGGAAGCAACAGCGACGAGAAUGAUCCCAAAUAUUUGAUGCAUACGAAAGCCUUUCAUGCCGCGUUAGAAGCAAGUGCCGAAGCGGAUGUUGCUCUUGAUGUCGGUGAUGAUAGUAAAGAAGCAGCAUUGAAGUUACUGACGGGAGCUCAGGAUGUUCUUACUGCCUGGUUAGACGAUCAAAAAGGUGCUUCGGUAACGGAUCCACGCUUAUUCCGAGACCUUGCUGCUCAUUGGGAGAAGGAAUUUAUGAAGGACAUGGAAACACUAAACGUUCGUCCAUGCGACAUAAUAACACGUGUAAGUGAAUAUAUUCCGGAAAUUACUACCUUUGUGCAGAAAAUCAUGGAUAAUGGCUACGCUUACACCGCCGACGGAUCAGUCUACUUUGAUACUGCCUCAUUUGAUGGUAAGAAAGGGCAUCACUAUGCCAAACUCCAACCAUGGUCGGCAGGCAAUCUAGGAUUGCUUGAAGAGGGUGAAGGCAGCCUUGGAAGUAAAUUGGCAGGAAAGAAGAAUCCGAGUGACUUUGCCCUGUGGAAGAAGAGUAAGCCUGGUGAGCCUGCUUGGCAGUCAACCUGGGGACCUGGCCGUCCUGGUUGGCAUAUUGAAUGUUCGGUCAUGGCAAGCGAAGUACUUGGAAGUACGCUUGAUAUCCAUUCUGGUGGCAUUGAUCUGGCGUUUCCUCAUCAUGACAACGAGAUAGCCCAGUCUGAGGCUUAUCACGGCAGCCAUCAAUGGGUUAACUACUUUCUUCAUCCAGGCCAUUUGCACGUAGAAGGACAGAAGAUGAGCAAAUCUUUAAAGAAUUUUAUCUCAGUUAGGGAUGCUCUUAAUAAAUACACGCCUCGCCAAAUACGUAUGUGUUUCCUUCUCCACCAAUGGGACUCGAAAUUGGAUUUCAAAGAAUCAACAAUGCUCGAAGCAAGAAGCACUGAAAUUACCAUUAAUAAUUUCUUUAUGAAAGUAAAAGCUCUCAUAAACGAAAACAAAGGAGAAGCACACGUGUCUGACGGUAAACAUCGAUACAGACACGGAGAAAAAGACUUGAUUAAAGUCUUACGCGAGAAGCAAGCGGCCGUCCACAAUGCACUCUGUGACUCAAUAAAUACGCCAGCGGCAAUGAAUGAAAUACUUGAACUUAUCAACAAAACCAACAUUUAUCUCUCAGCUGGCCGGAGCGGAAUCAACAUCAACAUAAUCGAAAAAGUAGCGGCAUAUAUUACAAAAAUGCUUGCAAUUUUUGGUCUUGUUGACACUCAAAAAGAAUUGGGAUUCGGCUCAUCAGAUCAGUCAGCUACAAAUAAAGAAGAGACGCUACUGCCUUAUCUGCGCGCGUUAUCAGAAUUUCGUGAUGAUAUUCGGGACUUGUCUCGACAAAAUAAACCUCAUUCAGAAAUUCUUGCUCUUUGCGAUAGACUGAGAGAUGUAGAGUUGGUAGAGCUGGGUGUAGCACUUGAAGAUCAGGAUGACGGAAAAGCAUUGGUCAAAUUGGCUGAUAAAGAAGAGUUGAUAAAAUUGAGAGAUGAGAAGAUGAAGGCUCAGGCUGAAAAGACAGCACGGAAGGAUGCAUUAGCAAAAGCAAAGGAGGCAGAGAGAUUGGCUGCUUUGGAGAAAGGAAAAGUAGCACCUAUAGACAUGUUUAAAGAGGCCAAAGACGAUAAUGGCGAGUUGUUGUAUUCGGCAUUUGAUGAGCAGGGAAUUCCGACACAUAAUGCCGAUGGAACUGAAGUGUCCAACAGUAAAAUUAAGAAACUAAAGAAAGAAUGGGAAAAGCAGCAGAAAUUACAUACUAAUUAUUUAGAAUGGAAGAAAACGGAUAAUUCUUGA